GCGGCGGCGGCGGCGGCGAUCCCCGGAGUCUCCGUGUGAAGCUCCCGCGAGCCCGUCGGAGAGCGCGUGCGGUACGCAAGCUGCUGCAGAGCCGUUCCCCGAGCGCCACAGCCCGGCGGACGCUCGGUCCCAUCCUCGCGCUCCCGUUCCGGCUCCUCCAUCUUGGCGUCGGCAGUGUCGGCUGCCGGGAGGAUGUGCCGCCUUCUGGCAGGGGCAAGAAGGAGGAGAAGAUGAAGAAGUACCGGCGGGCCUUGGCCCUGGUCUCCUGCCUGUCUCUAUGCUCUCUGGUCUGGCUUCCCAGUUGGCAUGUGUGUUGUAAAGAGAGUUCUUCAGCUUCUGCAAAAUCGUAUUACUCUCAAGAUGAUAAUUGUGCACUAGAAAAUGAAGAUGUACAAUUCCAGAAAAAGAAUGAAAGAAAGGUACCUGUAAAUGCUGAAUUAUCAGGAAAACCAAGUUCAGACUUACCAAUUCCUCCAGAAGAAAAUAAAUUAAAAGAUGAGACUAUUGUGGAUGUACAAAAUAUAGAGUCACAAAAGUUAAGACCACCUGUGACUGAGACACUGCCUGCAGUUGAUUUACAUGAAGACUCUUCCAGUGUAGUCAUGAGCAAUGAAAAUGUAGAAAAUACUUCCAGCUUAUCUACCUCAGAAAUCACUCCAACUGAAAAGCUUGAUGAAAUAGAAAAAUCUGGUACUGUCCCUAUUACCAAGCCAAGUGAAACUGAACACUCUGAAACCAACUGUGAUGUUGGUGAGGCCCUUGACCCAGAUGCUCCAGUUCAACAGCCUUCCUUUGUCAGUCCGCCUGAGAGCCUUGUUGGCCAGCAUAUAGAAAAUGUGUCAUCUUCACAUGGCAAAGGGAAGAUAACAAAAUCAGAAUUUGAAUCAAAAGCUUCAGCAAGUGAACAAGGUGGUGACAAUCCAAAAUCUGCAUUGAAUGCUUCAGAUAAUGUAAAAAAUGAGAGUUCUGAUCUUGUAAAACCAGGAGAAACUGAUGCUACACCUGCGGUAAAUCCCAAAGAUCCAGAGGAUAUACCAACAUUCGAUGAAUGGAAGAAGAAAGUUAUGGAAGUGGAAAAAGAAAAAAGUCAGUCAUUGCAUCCAUCUUCUAAUGGAGGACCACAUGCCACCAAAAAGGUCCAAAAAAAUCGAAAUAAUUAUGCCUCAGUAGAAUGUGGAGCCAAAAUUUUGGCAGCUAAUCCAGAAGCCAAGAGCACAUCUGCUAUUCUUAUAGAAAAUAUGGACCUUUAUAUGUUGAAUCCAUGCAGCACUAAAAUUUGGUUUGUUAUUGAACUUUGUGAACCAAUUCAAGUAAAACAACUUGAUAUUGCAAAUUAUGAAUUAUUUUCUUCUACUCCUAAAGACUUUCUGGUUUCUAUCAGUGACAGAUAUCCCACAAAUAAAUGGAUUAAACUGGGUACUUUCCAUGGUAGAGAUGAACGAAAUGUCCAGAGUUUCCCUUUAGAUGAGCAAAUGUAUGCAAAAUAUGUGAAGAUGUUCAUCAAGUACAUAAAGGUGGAGCUGAUAUCACAUUUUGGAUCAGAGCAUUUCUGUCCAUUGAGCCUUAUAAGAGUAUUUGGUACUAGCAUGGUGGAAGAAUAUGAAGAAAUUGCUGAUUCACAGUACCAGUCAGAACGUCAAGAACUGUUUGAUGAGGACUAUGAUUAUCCAUUGGAUUAUAAUACAGUGGAGGAUAAAUCUUCAAAAAAUCUUCUUGGCUCUGCUACAAAUGCCAUUCUAAAUAUGGUGAAUAUUGCUGCUAAUAUUCUGGGAGCAAAAACUGAAGACUUGACAGAAGGCAAUAAAAGUUUAUCUGAGAAUGCCACUGCCACAACUGCACCUAAAAUGCCUGAAUCAACUCCUGUUUCAACUCCUGUUCCAUCACCUGAGUAUGUAACUGCUGAAAUACGUGACACAGAGCUGUCAACACCAGAUACUCCAAAAGAAAGUCCCAUUGUACAACUAGUUCAAGAGGAAGAGGAAGAAGCAAGUCCAUCCACAGUGACCCUUCUGGGAAGUGAUGAACAAGAGGAUGAAUCAUCACCUUGGUUUGAGUCAGAGACACAAAUAUUUUGCAGUGAACUUAGCACAACCUGUUGUAUUUCUAGUUUUUCGGAAUAUGUAUAUCAGUGGUGUUCAGUUAGAAUUGCUUCUUUCCGGCAGCGUAGCAGAACUGCUGUGAGUGAAGGAAAAGAUGACCAUGUGUCAACUCGGCCGUCAGUGCUCCUUCCUGCAGAAUCAGUUGAUGUCUCAAUAUUGCAACCUCCAAGUAGAGAAUUGGACAGUAAGAAUGUAGAAAGGGAAACGGAAACUGUUACCCUUGAUGACUUGAGUAGGGCACACCAAGGUGAUUUGGCAAAUCAUACGGUAGAGCUAAUUGAACUUGAACCAAGUCAGACUCCAACUCUUUCUCAGUCAUUUCUCUUAGAUAUUACCCCAGAAAUCAGUUUGUUACCUAAAACAGAAGGAACUGAGUCUGUUAAGCAUGAGACACAGCAUACACCAUCACAAGUAAUUACACAAGAAAGUUCUGUUGAUCUUGAUAAUGAAACAGAAAAAAAGUCUGAGAGCUUUAGUUCUACAGAGAAGCUGACUAUGAUCUAUGAAACAAACAAAGUUGAUGAGGCAACAGAUACUACUGUAAAAGAAGAUGUGAUCUCCAUGCAGAUUAUCACUAAGGUAUCAGAAACAAUAGUAUCACCUAUAAACACAGCCACUGUCUCAGACAGUGAAGAAGGGGAUGCCAAAAUGACCAUAACUGACACUGCAAAGCAAAUUUUAACUCCUCUGGAUUCUUCAUUAACUGAAGUAAAAGAGGAAGAACAGUCUCCAGAAGAUGCUCUUUUGCGAGGGUUACAGAGGACAGCUACAGAUUUCUAUGCUGAAUUGCAAAAUUCUACAGAUCUGGGAUAUACUAAUGGAAAUCUUGUACAUGGAUCAAACCAAAAGGAGUCUGUAUUUAUGAGACUUAAUAAUCGUAUUAAAGCCUUAGAAGUUAAUAUGUCUCUCAGUGGUCGCUAUCUAGAAGAGCUUAGCCAAAGGUACCGAAAACAAAUGGAAGAAAUGCAAAAGGCUUUUAAUAAAACGAUAGUGAAACUUCAGAAUACUUCAAGAAUAGCAGAAGAACAGGACCAGAGACAAACUGAAGCCAUCCAGUUGCUACAGGCACAACUGACAAACAUGACACAGCUUGUUUCAAACUUAUCAACAACAGUAGCAGAGUUAAAACGAGAGGUUUCAGAUCGACAAACCUAUCUUGUUAUAUCUUUAGUUCUCUGUGUUAUCUUGGGACUGAUGCUUUGUAUGCAGCGUUGUCGCAGUACCUCUCAAUUUGAUGGAGAUUAUAUUUCAAAACUUCCCAAAAGCAAUCAAUAUCCAAGCCCUAAAAGGUGUUUCUCUUCCUAUGAUGAUACGAAUUUGAAAAGAAGAAUUUCAUUUCCACUCAUCAGAUCUAAGUCUCUACAGUUCACUGGCAAUGAAGUAGACCCAAAUGAUUUGUACAUCGUAGAACCUCUCAAGUUUUCUCCAGAAAAAAAGAAGAAACGCUGCAAGUACAAAACUGAAAAAAUUGAGACCAUAAAGCCUGCAGAUCCAUUGCACCCUAUAGCCAAUGGAGACAUAAAAGGGAGAAAACCCUUUACGAACCAGAGAGAUUUUUCUAACAUGGGGGAAGUUUACCAUUCUUCUUAUAAAGGCCCUCCAUCUGAAGGAAGCUCAGAAACUUCAUCACAAUCAGAAGAGUCCUAUUUUUGUGGCAUUUCAGCUUGCACAAGUCUGUGCAAUGGACAGUCCCAAAAGACAAAGACUGAAAAGAGGGCUUUAAAACGAAGGCGAUCUAAAGUCCAAGAUCAAGGAAAAUUGAUAAAAACUCUAAUACAGACUAAGUCGGGAUCAUUGCCAAGCCUGCAUGACAUAAUCAGAGGAAACAAAGAGAUCACCGUGGGAACAUUUGGUGUUACAGCAGUCUCGGGACAUAUCUAAUAUUAAUUGAACUUUUCAUACUGGGGGCUUUUUUGUUGUUCCUUGAAGAACAGUCUGUGGUAUUUGAAGGAAUUGGGGGAGGGAGAAAAUAUUACUGGGAGAAGUAGUCAGAAAUUACGGUUUCGCCUUUUUUAAAAGUAGAUGCUGUUUUGUCAAUCUUGGUUAAUGAGCUACAGUUUUACAAGGCUGAUCACUUCCUGUGAGAACAACAGUAGACUUUUUAUAAAGAUGUUUUUUUCACAGAUAAAUUACUGGGACAAAAGUAAUUUGAGAGCCCAGUUCCUUGAGUGGGAUAGGAAUGAAAGCCUAACCGUCUUCCUUUAGCUUUGUUCCUAUUUCUUGCACCUUUCCCAUAUUUAUGUGCCUUUUGUCUAUUUAUAAUGCCACUGGAAGAGGAGGGAAAACUUUUUCUGUCAUUUGAUUUCUUUUAUAAAUUUGUUAAUUUUUUGAAGCCGCAAACACUACAAGGUUUAAGGCAGUCUGUGCCAGAUGCUCAGUAGUGUGGGUUAGUGGUGUAAAGACCCCAGAGGACUUGCCAAACAAGUUUCUGUUUAACAAACUCACUGGAAGCACACAUUUGCUGGAACAUUUCAGUGUGUUCUUUUAGGUAGAUGGUGAUUCUCUGAAUGUUAUUUUCAUUUAAUUUAUUUGGACAGGAUUACUUUUUCCUUAGUUACUGACUCAAUGAGAAAAAGCUGUAAGAUUUUUUUCUUGCCCAUGACUGCUAUUUGCAAACAGAUUUUUUUUAUAAAUUCACCUUUAAACACAACCAAUUGUGAAGGUUUCUGUAGCUAUGUUACAUUUUAAACAUUAUACCAUAAACACUAAUCCUCCAAACUUUCACAUCACUAUUUUAUAGAACAAAUAUAAAGAAGGUGAAGGCGUGACAGCUGAGUUAAGGUCUAAUGUGGUGUAAUCACUGCCUAUAUACAUACGCUCAGAACCAGCUAGUGAGUUUGUCAAGCCUUGUCUAACUGGUCAAGUCUAAAGGGAUUGUUGGUGUUUGCUUUGUAUUGGCUACAAUGUGCAGAGAUACAUAUGUGUGGUGUCAAUAUGUUAGCCUUUGUUUUAUUUUUCCUUUAAAAAUUUUUGACAGUGACUGUAUUUGAACACAGUGAUUUCUUAGUGUGAGAUUGUACAGUAAUGAGUGAAAGUGGAACAUGUUUCUUUUUGAAAGGAAGAGAAUUGACUAUUUUAUGUUGUGAGAUUUAAGUUAUAACUUAUUGAGCACUUUUAGUAAUUUUUUGUGUAAUACCUUUCUGGGGUAUUAUUUGUAAUGUGACUUAUUUAAAGCUCUUUUUGUUUAAGUUGCUGCUUUAGAUUAACAGUAUGUUUUAGGAGACUAAUUUUUUUUUUCUAGUCUGCACAGUUAGCCAUUCAGAGCAAGAGGGUUUGAUUUUAUGGAAGCCCCUUGAAAAAAGGUCCAGAUGAGAACAGAGUCGGAAGUCACACCAUCUGUGUGUUGGAGAGAGAAGACUUUCAAUAUGUAACUACAGAGCUGUAGUGCCAUUAGAAACUGUGAAUUUCCAAAUAAAUCUGAACACUUGUCUUUAUUAA